GUGUGCCGUAUUUACUAUCAUUGUGUAACGUGUGCCAUAUUUACUAUCACUGUAUAACGUGUGCCGUAUUUACUAUCAUUGUAUAACGUGUGCCGUAUUUACUAUCACUGUAUAACGUGUGCCGUAUUUACUAUCACUGUAUAACGUGUGCCGUAUUUACUUCCUGUUCCUACCUCUUGUGUUUACACCACGAGAGCUUUUUCUGCGCAUGACUUUUCCCCCUCUUUUUAUUCGUGCCUUUACUAUUAUGUUUUUUUUCGCGCCAAGACUUUAUCUAUGAAAGUUUUGUUUGAAGCAUUGAAACUGUAAUAAAAUAAUGACUGAUUUUUAAAAAUAGGAUUUUUCAAAAAAAUAAUUCAAGUAAUAAUUUUGCGGAAUGCUGAUAUUAAUUUGUGACAAAAUGUGCCUUAUCGAUAUAACUUAACAGCAUUUUAGGUCAUCUGAGACGAAGUCACAAUGACCUUUUCUAACCGCCUUUGUCCGUCGUCGUGCAUCCGUAAACAAUUUACAAUUUCGACUUCUUCUCCAAAACCGCUGAACCAAAUUCAAUGAAAUUCGACAGGACGCUUCCAUGGCCAAAGGUCAACCAAAGUUUUGAAUUAUGUGGUCCUGUUCCCCCAGGGGCCUGAGAGGCGGGGCUAAAAAUAAUCAAUUGAAUUAACUUAAAUAUUUCAAAACGUUUAAGGGUUAAGCGUUAAGGCCCAUGGUCUCUUGUUUACUAUUUACCUAUUUUUGGACUAUCGGACCCCCAGACUAUUGGACCCCCAGACUAUUGGAGCCUCGGACUAUUGUACCUGUGAAUUAUCAGUACUUCGGACUUGAGGCAUUCGGAAUAUAAAGGUGUCACGUGGUACUUCAUUACAGUGAAAACUUGUAGUCGAAAAUGUAACAAAACUUAAGCAAGGAACUAUUAUUUAAAAUUAUCUAAAUUGUGGUGUGGACAUAGAACUAGGUGUGUUUUUUAAUAUUUAGAACAAGAUGGACGAGGAGAAUGUUCAGGUCCGAUAUAAAGGUAGAUAGUUGAUUACGUUCUUUAAAUCUCAUUGUGAUGGUAAAUACUUUAUUUAGUAACUAUUUUAUAAAAAACUAGAAACUGGCAUAAUGUCCCCCGCUGCCAUCUGAUGAUCCAGAACACAGAUUAUAACUGAUAAGAAAUGAUAAGUGACUAUAAAUUUGUCUAUAAUUUCAUUUCAGAGUUUCAACAAGUUGUGUUGGAUGUCUGCUCUCUGCUUCCUGGGUGGUGUUAUCCUGUGGCUGGCGACAACAAACUUCUCUACAAUUACCGGAUCUGAUACCCAUCGUAAACCGGAACCUUGUAAACCGGAACCUCGGCAAGGGGCACCACUAAUGCUACAACCACUGAUAACGGAACCGGGACCGGAACUGAUGAUACCGGAAAAGGAAGGUCGAGGUACAGGUGGUUACCUAGUGUACGACUGUAGCCAUAGACAUAACCAGUCCUGUGGCGGCUGGUCAGACAGACUGACCGGUAUAUUGUGUACGUACGUGCUGGCAAAACUGACCAACAGAACUUUCCUUAUCAAUUUUGACAAUCCUUGUAAACUGGAGGACUACUUCGAUUUUAAGUCCUAUGAUUGGAGGUACAAUAAGACCUUGUUAGAUCACGAACCUUCCCAAUAUUAUGAUUACAUGAACGACAAGGUCAAGCCACUCAUGAGUCUGUUGGUAAGAUCCAAUUCCACACAACCCAUAAAGGCCCUGUUUACCAAACGCGUCAGUUUUUUUCGGAUUAACUGGGACAUAACGCCUGAGUUUCGAAAAUUUCUCCACAUUGACGAGUACGUCCCAUGGAUAUCAACACUCCACUUCGCUGAUAUAAAUCGUUAUAUAUAUGAAUUAUUUCUCAAGCCGAAACCUUUCUUAUACAAAGCGAUCAAUACCGUUUACAAAACCAAAAAAGCAGACAAAAUAUUUUGUGCCCACAUCCGGAUGGGGAGAAGCUCCACUUUCCCUAGGGAUAGCAUAGUACGGAAAACUCCAGAGGAAGUUCGGAUCAUGUUCGAUUUUAUAGAGACAAUCGACAAACGUUCUCAUGACUUGUUUCUAGCUACAGAUAACAUUGAUAUACAAAAACGGUUCUAUAGUCAAUACUCAGGAGACUUCAUUUUAGACAUGCCCGGCCGACUAACACAUAUAGACCAAGCGUUUACUGGCGAUGUGUGUCAAGGUUUUUAUAAACAACUUCUUGACUUCCUGUUUCUACAGACUUACUGUGACAAACUCGUCAUCACCAACAGUGGGUUCAGUAUGGUGGCCGCCUACCUCCGAGAUAUCCCCGGGGGACUCUACUGCUGGACUCCUCGCGCAGUCAUCACGUGCUCUCGGUAUACUAUACACGACUUCUUCCCUUUACCAUUACUGGGGCCCCCGAGGGAAUACAACGCCCACGGGAAAAUUACCCGACUCGGAUGAGAAAUAACGUGUAUUCGUCUCGAAUUGUUAUUUACUCUCUGUUGGGUUCACCUUAAAACCUGGAAAUUAGACAUAAACAGCCAGGGCAAUUAUAAUGGCGGUACCCAUGUAGUAGUAGGUGACUUCCCUACUGAAAAACAUAUGGAAGGUAUUUAGAGCAAUACGGUAAAGAGUGUCCUACCUAAGGACACAACCACGACAGCAAACAUCGGUCCGUGUCUCAGCUUCUCGAGAAACACAACCCACGUGGGAACAUCGAAUCACAUACCUCGGAUUUUUCACCUGAGGCCACGAGGCCGGUACUCUAACUACGUCGCACUGUAUUCCUCUCAAAAUGUGACCUAAUGUCUCUAUGGACUGGGGUUUAUCCGUAUACCUGGAUAUUAGCCAAUGGGGUGCCACUGUUUUGUAUAAACACUGGUGAUGUUGUAGAAAAGUCUGGGUACCUGUAAUGUACGAAACGAAAGCAAAACAACUUCUGUAUCGUCAGACUUUGUGGGGAUUUGCUGAUAUUGUCCAGUCGUCGUUAGCUUUGUAGGAUGUUUCUGGGUAAGAUGGACGGGUUCUUCCUAGACUUAACUAAUAAUUGACAAUGAACUAAAAGUAAAAAACCAACGAUUGUAAAGAUUUAUCUAUUUUGUAAAUCUCAUUUAAUUGAGGAAUAAAAGAAUUGAUUGAUUGAUUGAUAA